AUUCUACUAUUCUACCUAAUCUUCUAUGCCAUCCUGGUGGGCUUCUUCGCGGCCAUGCUGGCCAUCUUCUACCAGACCCUGGACUCCAAGAUGCCCAAGUGGCAGCUGGAGGGCUCACUCAUUGGCAACAACCCAGGUCUGGGCUUCCGACCCAUGCCCGACUCGGCCAACGUGGAGAGCACGCUGAUCUACUACCGGGCCAACGACAAGGGCUCCGUGCUGAAGUGGGCCAAGAUCAUCGAUGAGUACCUGGACCAAUACCGCAAGAAGGGCAGCGGCAGUGGCGAGGCGACUGGAGCGGAGAACCGCGUGGCCUGCAACCCCAACACCGGCUCCCGAGACCUGGGCGAGAAGCAGGUCUGCGACGUCCCCGUCGACGACUUCCACCCCUGCACUUCUGCCAACCAGUACAACUACGAGGAGGCCGGCCCUUGCGUGUUCUUGAAGCUCAAUAAGAUCUUCAACUGGGUACCCGACCCAUACAACAGCACCGAGGAUGUCCCCUCCAACAUGCCUGAUGACCUGAAACAGCACAUCAAGAUGGUCUCUGGCAAACCAGAAGCAAACACCGUGUGGGUGUCCUGCGAAGGUGAGAAUCCUGCUGACGUGGAGAACAUCGGCCCGGUGCAGUACAUCCCGCGACGAGGCUUCCCGGCCUUCUACUACCCCUUCACCAACAAAGAGGGCUACCUGAGCCCCCUGGUCGCUGUGCUCUUCGAGAAGCCCAGGACGGGUGUUUUAAUCAACAUCGAGUGCAAAGCAUGGGCGAAGAACAUCCAAUACGACCGCUACGAGCGGCGCGGCUCGGUUCACUUCGAGCUGAUGGUGGACCGCGGCUAAACGGCCCCCUGCCCGCCAGCCUGUUGACUCGCUAGCCGGACUGACUAGAACCCACCCACCACCCACACCUCACCCACCGAACCCAGCCUUCGACCAGCUGACCGUCUCAGGAAUCCAUUGACUGAACAAGCAACCAUUGCCGAUUAUCGCCUCGGCCUUUCAACUUGGAC